GAACUGAACAAAGGACUAAUAAUGGGAACACGGGGUGACAUGAAAAGGACCAUGUCCCCCUUAGUGGUUCUAUUUAUUAUUAUAGGAUUGUUGGGGCCAACAUGUGAAAAUCUAAAUAAUUUGACGGAUUCAGCAGUUUCACAUCAUAUGCCCUCACCAGACCAAAAUGACAGGACCCAAUUGAAUGACAGAGCACUGGAAUACUGGCCUGUGGCCAACCGUACAGAAAUUAAAAUUUUUAGGAGAGGACCACUAGUUAUUUCCAGAAAAUACUGGUACCCCGUUUUAGAAAUAGCAAUUAAAAAAGCACCUCCCAUAUCCCCUGCAAUUACCUCAGCCGCAACAUCAACAAAAUCAUUCAGCUCAUCACCAGCAACAACAACUAUGUUGCCCACUUCAUCUUUCCCAGCAACUGCACAAAUAACUACUUUAGGGCCUUCAACAACCAAAACAAAGUCUACCAUUUCAACAGAGCCCCUAACAACCAGCAUUCAAGAACAUAUCAGCAAACAGAAGACCACUACAAGACAAAUAUCAGAAACCACAACAGAGCUGCAAACUUCAGCAGUGCCAGCAACAAUCACCACUUCAAAAACAACAAUCUUACCAACUACCAACUCAAGACAACAAACAACCAUUACACAUUCUACAACUUCAGAACAGCCACUCCAUUAA